GUAUAAGUUAAAAAUAAAAAACCCAAAAAUUCGAUUACUUUAAUAUUCCUCAUAAAACUUGAUGUUAUGUGAAAAUGAAAUAUAUAUAUGUCACCUACAACUUAGCCAGUUAAUUUUUUGUGAUAGAAUUUUGAAAUUUGUCAGAAAUCGAGUUAAACCGUUUUUCACCUUUAAAACCUAAAACACUUCCCCCCUUGCCACUUCUCGACCUUAGAUCGCCCGUAAUUUAUUUUUCGUGUAAUUUUUGUUAUAUUAUUUUUCAUUUUCAAUUCAUCCAAUUAUUAUAUUUUUCACUUUUAAAUAUUUUCAAAGGCUUCAGCCCUGAUCUAAUAAACAAAAAUCAAAUAUUCGUGUCACUUAUGGGCUUUUUAGUUUUAAAUAUUUCUCAAUAUGCACUACUGUGCAAAACUACUUUAGAUACAAUCAUAAACACACACAAUCAUAAUGCAUUCAUGCUUUACAAACUGGUUAUAGGGUUUCUCAGGCUAUUGAUAUUCCCACUCGUUGCUUCUAUCGUGCCGUGUUUUCCAACUUCAGCCGCUUCGCAUGCAAGCAUAUGUUGCACACAUGCAUAAGUAUGGAAAUUCAACUUUGUCUACACGUACACACCCUGUUUGCGAUAACCAUCGACUUAGUAUAUUUAUAUGUAUGGUAUAACACAAUAAAACACUGUAUAGCUUACAUAGUCACUUUACUUGCCUGUCGAGUGAUUUUUAUCGUAUACUGUAUUUAUUGUGUGGCAUAGAAAAUAUAUUCGCUCUUCUCAGGUAUUCACAUUUAUAUGUUUGUAUAUAUUUAUAUGUAGUAUAGUGAGCGACUUCUAUAUUUGCUUUAUAUAAAUUUUUCUCACUCAUAUUUCAUUUGCUUGCAGUAUAUAGUUAUUAUAUACAUAUAAUAUAUAUUUAUAUAUUAGUAUUUGUGCCUGUAUAGCGUUCGCUACGGGCUGGGUUCGUUUCGUUUGAAUUCGUGCGCAUUCGUCUUAGCCGUAACGCUAUCACAUUGCUUACUUGCUUAACUACUACAUAUCGAGGCAAGCAAACGAAUUUCUAUGAAAACUAAUGAACAAUUAUUCUUGUUUCCGUUUGUGUUCGCCGUCGUUAGUCAUUUGAAAUGCGUAUUAGUCAUCGUAUGACUUGCCAAAUGGUUUGGCACUUAAAUAAAUAUUGUAAAAUAUCUACCUACAUGUGCAUAUGUUUCAGUUAUAUAGUUGCGUUCAGCAUUUCUAUCGCGCAUACGAACCUCCCGGGCGACUUUAAUCGUGUACAAAAACCAUUGCAUGAGAAAUACAUAAGCACGUAGUCUACAUAUAGUUAUAUAUGUACAUAUCUACUUUGUGCCUAGGUUUGUGUUUCUAAAGCCAUAUAUAUGCAUAGGUACAUAUGUAUGUAUGUACCCACUAGCAAUUUCAAACUGCACUGUCGUUGCCUUUCAAGUGUUGGGUAAACGACAUUAAUCGUGACAUUGUGUUUAAUUGCAUACAAUUUCAUUUAAGGUUGUGUAUAAGUAUUUGAGCCAAUGUGCGCUAUUCUCAAGUGAAUACCCAUAUCCAUCGUGUUAUCGAUUUUAGUUUUAGUUGGGGUUGUGCGCAUACUCAAACAAAUUUGCAAAAAGUUAGCGCUAAGUAGAAGUGUCGACUACAUCUGGUCGGACUGAGUGGGGUGUACGGAUGUUGCACUAUUGGGCUUAUAAAUUGUAGGUGUUUACGUCAUUGAUUCAUUUGAGGUCUGUCGUCUGUGAAGAAUUGAGUUAUAAAAUAAUAUGAUAUAAUUAAGGACAAAGCUGUGAAAAUGUAAUACGUAGAAAUAUACAUAUGUAUGUAUGUAUGUAUCUACGUAUUUGUAUUUUGAUAUACAUAUGUAUGUACAUAUUCAAUAAUUACAAUCGAUAUUAUUUUCUCUUCAUUAAGCAGUGAUGUAUAUCAAUCAAUCUUAUAUUAUAAGGCGUUAGAAAGAUAAGAUUUCGUAUAAAAAAAGUUUUUAAGAUGUGGCUAAACUCAGAAUUGUUUGAGCAGGCGUCAAAGGCGAAAACACAAGGCAGGCGGAAAAUGUGGAAAGUAUUUAUAGGUUUGAUACUGUAACAGCCAAUGACGCGCUAUUUUGGUUUCGUCGAUUGCGUUUCGGGAAUUUCGAUAUGGACCGAAUUUCCAUUUGUGAAUCGCAACCAAAUCGUUCCAUUUCUCAAGCGAAUAGUUGCUGGUGAGAAAAAGUAGGCCACUUGCGACAACGUCAAGCGUAAGAGGACCUGUUCGAAUCAUUAUGAACCGACGCAAACGGUCAUCCAUGCAAACGGUCAUCCAUGCAAACGGUUCACGAGCCAGGAUUGACAGCCAGAAAGUUUAUGCUAAGGUUUAAUGGGAUUGGCAGGAAAUCAUCUACUUUGAGCUGAUCUCCUACGACCAAAUUCUCAAUUCGGAACUGUAGUCUAAACAAUUGGACCGUUUGAAAGAAGACAUUGUCCAGAAGCAGCCGGCUUUGGCCAAUAGGAAAAUUGUGUUCUAUCAGGACAACGCCAGGCCACACACUUUGAUAGCGACUCGCCAGAAGCUUUGAGAGCUUGGUUGGGAGCUUCUUGUGCAUUCACCUUAUAGUUCGGACCAUGCAUCAAGUGAUUACUACCUGUUCCUGUCAAUGGCUAAUGAUUUUAUGAAAAUUCGCCUCAAGAGAAAUUUCUGAAAAUCGACUGUUCCAGUUUUUUUGCCAAUAGAGACGAGGGCUUAUAUAAGAGUGGCAUUAUGACAGUACCUUUCAAAUUGCAAAAAAUUAUCGUACCAAACGUUGCAUAUUUUACCUAAAUCGGAUAACUUUAAUUAAACUAAAUAAAAUUUUCAAUGCAAAAACAAGAAAAACCAUUAACUUCAAUUAUACAAAAACUUGAUUUAGUUCGCUAAGUUUGUAUGGCAGAUAUAUGCUAUAGUGGUCCGACAUCGGCGAUUGCGUCAAAUUAGCAGCUCUUUGGGGAGAAAAAAACUUGUGCAAAAUUUCAGAAAGAUAUCUCAAUAAGUGAGGAACUAGACUUUGCUAAAUCGACUCGCUGAUCAUUUAUGUAUGUGUGUACAUACAUACAAGUACAUACAUAUGUGCGAUAUAUAUUUUAUAAGGUCUCUGACGGUUUUUUUUAGUGUUACAAACUUCUUUUCAAACUUAAUAUAUACUGUUCUGGAUAUAAUAAUAAAACAAGUCAUAGAGUAGCCUUCAAAAUAAUUUUAUAAUAUACACAUGUAUGUACAUAUGCAUACAUAUGUCCAAAAAUAUUGUUGUUUUAGUUUUUUCCCUCUUUUGCCCUUUGCUGGACAUUUUGGUAUGAACUGAAACUUGGACUUUACGCAAGUCAGCUUAAAUUUAAUCGCCUUAGCAUUAUAUAUUUCUAUUACACACAUACAUACAUAUGUACAUAUAUACUUACGUACGUACAUUGUAUGCAAGUACCAACAAUUUCAAAUCCAACGCCCAUUAAAAGAGCAUUGCAUGCAUUUCCGUUUCCAACUGUCCACGGCAUGCCAGGAAAUUCACACACACACGUACACCAGAAUUUCGUGUUUAAAAAGCCAUCAACGUAGAUUGAGUCAACCAAAAUAAGAUUGAAACGCUAAAAGAGGCGAAAAAUAACAAAGUGAUAGCGAACAACUGCCAACAAUGUGCAAUAAAACAAAAUUUGCCCCACCUACGGCAACAUUUUUAAACAAGUUUUUACCCGCCUGCCACAACAUUGGUACAUAUAAAUACAUCUUUUGAUGUGCCGGUAAAUUAUCCCCCACUUUUCAGACACCGAAAUUGGCGCCAAUCGGUCAAAAGCGCGAGCAAGUAAACAAAAGCGUAACAAAUAAGAAGCAGCAAAUCAAAAAAACAGCAAAACCAUUCGUUGAUUGCUGUCAACCCAAUAAAAAGUGUUUGGAUUUCGCACAGCGUGUGGCGGCGGGUCAGGUGCUGCGACUGCUGUGAUUUGUUUUGAUAGUGGUUUUUAGGUGAAUUUCUUAACGAUUUCGCGCCACCACCACAGAAGGAAAAUAAAUAAGCACCACGAAAAUAGAAAAAAAAUACAGAGGCAUUUGCGGAGCAAUGAAAAUCAGCUGUGCAGCGCAAUCUUUGUUUUGUUUGAGAUUUGCUUUGCUACGAUUUUUUGUUUUUGUUGUUACGUUGUGUACCAAAACAUCAAUAGACGCAUCAAGUAUUUAGAAACGGGCUGAUAACAACACUAAUAUGCAUAAUUUACACGGCGAAGGGGAGAUAUAGCGACCGGCGUUUGUGGCGCGCAUAAAGCAAGAUGCGAUAAGGGUUAUUUUGGCGCUUAAGUACUGUUAGAGUAACAAUUUUGGAAUUUGUAAAACUUGGUAUUUCAUAAUUUAUAUUAUAUAUUAUAUUUAAUUUUUGUUUUGGUAAAACUUGAGAGAAGAGCGUAUAACGUUUAUGCGGAAGCUUGAAAUCUUGCUAAUGACUAAUUUUCUAGAAAUUAAACAAAUUUAAAAUAGACUCUAAAAAAGUUCAUUAUAAUAUUACAAGCAAUGUUAUGUCUAAAGCUGCAGUAUUUGUUUGCCACUUUCGGUAUAAUUAUGCAGACGCCCAUAAAACCCAUAAAUGAAGAUUUUUAAUAUUGCUCCUUACAUAAAUGUUACAUACAUAUAUUAUUAUAUAAAUACAUAUAUGUAUUUUAUGUACUAUAUUUACAUACUUUUUUUUACAUUAUUUCAAUAUAUUUUGAUACAUUUUACAUAUUUUUGCAUUACCUUACAUUAUGCGCCGCUAGCAUGUGCAAUCGAAAUUUCAUACAUCUGUACAAUAAAUUAUGCAUUAUGCAAUUCAGAUUUAUUUUUCAAAACACAGCAUUUUCUGCCAUUUGCCGGUAUUUUUAACCACAAAUUCAGCACAGAAGCAGCUUUUGACUAUGCUGCCCACCACUAAAUCCCCCAUAGCUGUCGCAAGCAGCCCGUUUGGCUCUCGCAUCGACCUGCUUUACAACGAGCCGCUGUCAAUUGUCAAGUGUAAACGUAAACUGCCGUUGUUGUGCAUCAAACGUAACAACAAUGCAACAAGGUAAAUAAAAGAAAUAGAAAGCAAAGCAAUAAUAAAAAUCAAAAACAACGCACAGUGUGCAUUAAACCGCACAAUGCUUGUUCUAUCAACCAGCAGCAACAAAAUUCAAAUACGCAAAUGUUGUUAGUGUUUUCAAUUAUGCUAUAACAGUAUCCAUUGCAAUUCUAUGCGUUCCAACUAGAAGCAAUUUUCAUGAGCGUUAAACAAAAAUAGUUACUACUACUACUUUAAUAUAUUUCUUACAAAUGGCAAAUAAUCUUUCAGUUAAAUAAAUGGUAAAAUUAAAUAAAAAUAAAAGUUUGUGUAUUGAUUAACACCUAACUGCUUUUAAGGCCAAGCAAGCAUUUCAUUCUAUAAAUGUGUUACGUUUAGGCAGCGUAUACGUGAAUGUAGAAUAUUUUGUUCAAUAUUUUCUUGAAAAUAAUCUACGAUAAACAUUUUAAUUUUUUUUUUUAUAAAAAUAAUCUAUGAUAAAGUUUUUAAUUUAAUAAUAUACCAGCUUGUUAAUUAUCUUAUCGAAAUAUGUCUCUAUAUACAAUUUUUUCCUAACAGUUGUGCCCACAGUACAAUUACAAGCAUACAGUCUGAAAUCAAAUUGCCCGCUUGCCAUGAACAAAGUGGAAAAAAAUUCCUCAUAUAUAAAGUAAAAAAAUAUACAAACAAAAUAUUACAAACGCAGCCAUAAAACAACAACUAUAUAUACGUACCUAUAUACAUAUAUAGACGAAGCAAAACUGUGAGUUUCACAGUGGUGAAACCACUGCGAAGGAGCACACAAAAAGGGGAAGCAAGAAUAAACGAGUAAGCAAGAAAUGGGGGAAAAUAUGCAAUGCAUAUAGGGUGCCAAUAUAUUAAUUAAAUAUGAUAAAAACUGUAUAUAGUCACAAAGACAUAUAUAACUUGAAAAUAUACUUAACUAAUCAAAUUACAGUAAUAUUAGUGCAUAAUGCCAACUGUCCCAAACUCUUAUUUCUUACUUAACUAUAACUUUCUUUACGGCCUCAUUAAUUGUCAUAAGUGCAAUUAUUUACGGUUGUACACCCUGUAAUACAUAAUCUCAAAUAAUAGGAACUAAAAUGUAUAUAGCACACAAGCAAGCAUUGAAGCAGACUGGCGACAAGCAAGCAAUCAACAACGGGUAUUACAGAUAGCUCUUGUGCAAAUGAGCGCUGUAUGGGGUAGCAAUAAGGCGUAAAUUGUGUGAGUGUGAGCGAGCCCGCAAUAUGAAACUUUUGUAAUGUAAAUGGAUAGUGGAAAGUAUGGAGGAGACGAAGCGAUACAACGACGGCGUUUGCCAAACGAGUGACGAUAGUUGAAGUAAAAGGUUGUAAAAUGACAUUUCAACCGUUUCGGUGAUCAAAGAAAAUUGAUUAACGCGCCAAAAGCAGCAAAAAAUAUAAUUGAAGUGCAAAGAAAUGUCAGUAGGAAGUGCAACACUGCACCCAAGUGUCAAAUUUGAAGCUAAAAACCAAUUAGACUAAAUAGUACAAAUUUAUUUAGAAGGCCAAAAAAAAUUAUUUUAUAAAUACAUAUUUAAAAGUGUAGAGAAAUCCAAGAGAAAUAUUUGUAUAAAAAUCUCUAUACAAUAGAGAAUAUAUUGUAUGAAAAAGAGAAAUCCAAAUACAUCUACAACGAAUAAAACGAACAUUUUAUAUACGACAAGCGUAUAUAAGCGUUCGGAAUUCAGUGGAAGUGGCAUGUGAAAUAUAAAAAACAGGUACAAGGCAAACGAUAGCAACAACAAAAGCGAAACGCAAUAACACAGGGUUGUAUGUGUGCAUAUAAUAAAAUAACGUAGCCCAACACAGUUCACCACACUACAGGUAGUAGUGGUAGACAGAGAGAGUAAAGUCUAUAUACAAUAUUUAUGUUAUAUGUGUGCAUCAUCUCGCUUUGGCCUUGUUUGACAGUUCGUUAUUUGACUUGGGCACAGUCGUCUCUGUGUAAUAUUGCUAGCUAGCUAGCUGUAGCGAAUUAAGUGAAUAUUUUCAAUUUAUAUGGAGCUGUUUAAGAAAAGUUGACAACGUUGUAAAAUGUUUUUAACCUGAUAUUUCACAAUUUAAAAAGUUUGUGAAUUGUACCCAAGCAAACAGUGAGGUUCUAAAUAGACGCUCAUAUAAGAAACAUUUAAACCGUUUGCAAAAGCUAUCUCUAAUCCAGCACAUACGGUCGCGCAAGAGUUGCUAAAUAUGUGAGAAGUUUUUGGUUUGUGUAGAGCAAUCGUUUAAUUUAACCAACGCGAACAGUGACGAAAGAAAUAUUCUUUCCUACGACUUCAUUGUCAAAAUCAAUACAAACAGAAAUAAAAUUUUAUAAUUGAACAAAAUUUCUCUAGACGUGUAAAAAAAUUAAUUUCAUACUAAUAAAAGAGGCAACCAACAACAACGAAAGCAAAGGAGUGACAACGAAUAUAGGGAAAAGCAGAAGAAAAAAAAAACUUAAGUAAAUAACAGAAGGAAAAUUAUCAAAACUGAAAACAGACAGAAAGUUGUGAAAAUAGUGCUGUAAAUAAAUAUUUUGCUGUGGCGAAGAAGCAGACAUUUAAUUAAAUUGUACGAAAGUAAAACUAAAGUAAAUUUAUAUACUCACACAAAUACAUGUUAUAUGCGACGUACCAGUUGUGUAGAAUUGUCCAUCUCUUUCUCUGCAAUCGCGAACAGUGGAUGAUGUGCCUGCGCUCCAGCUGUCAUGUAUUAAAUCCACCAAUAAAUUACAUACGAACGGAAACCCUGACGGCAGUGGCUGCAACAACUGACGAGUGCAAAUGUCAAGCUGAUUUUAUAACAACCGAAACAGCAACAAGAAUAACAUAAACAGCAACAUCCAAAGCACACAGCAACAACAAAAAAUAUAGUUGCAGCAACCACGAAAACAAUAAAAAAUUAACAAAUGUCAAAAUGUUGCAACAAGAGCAUCGCCAAAUAAGCCAUGGCAAAAGUAUGCAUCAUCUAACAUUGCCUACAAAUUACAAACAAACAAUGAACAAUUUGAUCAAAGCUAAGAACAACAAUUCUACAACAUUGACUCCGGUCAGCACAACAACACUUGACUCAAGUAAUCGCAUUCAGGAGCAACUGCAACAAACGGCGAACACAAGCGUAAAUUACACAAAUAAUAUGAUGGGUUCAACUGCCACAGCAGCAACACCACCCACACAACCCACACAGAGUGUUCGCAAUUACGGUAGCAACAACACAUCACCUUCAACAAUGGGUGUCAAUUUACGCGUUACUGGCCAAUGCAGCCAGGGUGGACGUAAAUAUAUGGAAGAUUACUUCUCGGUUGCCUAUCAACAGUCGGAGAAUGCCAAGGAUCUUGAAUAUGCAUUUAUUGGCAUUUACGAUGGCCAUGGUGGCGCCGAGGCAGCUACAUUUGCCAAAGAGCAUCUUAUGAUGCAGAUUAUCAAUCAGAAGGCUUUCUGGUCGGAAUCGGAUCAUGAUGUAUUAAGAGCAAUACGCGAAGGUUAUAUUGCCACACACUAUGCGAUGUGGCGGGAUCAAGAAAAUUGGCCCAAAACCGCAAAUGGCUUGUUGAGUACAGCCGGCACUACCGCCACAAUCGCCUUCAUACGUCGUGAGAAGAUAUAUAUUGGCCAUGUUGGUGAUUCGGGUAUUGUGCUCGGCUAUCAGAAUGAGGGUGAGAAAUUUUGGCGUGCUCGACAGUUGACUGUUGAUCAUAAGCCUGAAUCGACGGAGGAACGUGCACGUAUACAACGCUCUGGUGGUAAAGUGGUAGUCAAAUCAGGUGUACCGCGUGUCGUUUGGAAUCGGCCGCGUAAUGCAGGUCAUAGAGGUCCAAUUCGUUGCAACACACCCGUCGAUGAAGUACCGUUUUUGGCUGUGGCGCGUAGUCUCGGUGAUUUGUGGAGUUAUAAUUCCAAACGUAAUGUAUUUGUGGUUAGUCCAGAUCCAGAUGUACAAGUGAUCAAAAUAAAUCCAAAGACUUUUAGAUGCUUAAUUUUUGGCACGGACGGUCUAUGGAAUGUUGUAACACCACAAGAGGCUGUCGACACCGUCUACGAAAGAGAGUGCAUUAAUGAGCGUCUACAAGCAUAUACAAAUGCCGACAGUGGCAAUAACGAAUGGACGAAUCCCAGUAAAAGUUUAGUAGAGCGUGCUUUGAAAACGUGGUCGUCAAAAAAGAUGCGUGCUGAUAACACUUCGGUAGUCACUGUCAUACUGUAUCCAUCUGCCAAUGACACAACGAAUACUAACUGCGUGGCUCCCAACACGCUCUCGUACAAUAGCUUGCCAAAGGAUAGUUGUGGUCUCGAAUAUACGGAGGUAUGCGCUGAAGUUCCCGCACCUGAAAGUUAUGGCAUUUCUUUCGAGGAAAUCGCAGAGAAACAUACAAUGCCUGAAGCCUUCCGCAAUUUUGAUUAUUUGCUCGAUGAAGAAGCUAUAAAUGCUUCACUGCAAAUGCAGCAUGAAGAGAAUUGCGAGCGUAAAUAUUGUAGUGAAGAACUGUCAUAUUGGAAUAACUGGAGUUGGGAAGAGCGUCAAUCGGAUUGUGCUGGUGAUUAUAAUCAUCAAGUGUCGACUUUGGCCACAAGUAGCGAUGUAAGCAUUUGUAGUAAGGCCAUAGCAAGUCACAACACGCUGUGCAAUACUAACGGUACCAUAACAGGUGAUAACGAUGAAAAUGCCGUAGAUGGCGUACACGCGGGUUGUGUUAAUGACAAUGCCGAAUGCGAAUCAGCUGUUUUGAAAUACGCACAUUACAGCGCUGAUGCGUCAAAUGCGUCGAGUGAUGUCAGUAAUGAAUUGGGCAAUGCCGGUUUCAUGACUUUCGCUGAAUCGUACAAUUCAUUUUUGAAUGAACAUAUGUCACAUGACAGCACCAACAGCUCUAAUUCCAAUUCGAAUUGUCAAAUCAUUAGCGGUACGAGUGAGAUAUUACAAGAACAACAGUUGUAUCAACAGCAGUGCAUGUCCGAGGAGGAAGGUUAUUCGCUAACCAAAUUGGAAACGCGUCGCGAGCAACAACGCUGCACCAGUGGUGUACAAACAUUUAAAAUUUUCCAAACACUUGACACAAGCGGCACCAGCUACGUGCCGCAACGCGUAGAACAACAAGAAAGCAACGUUCAGCGUGUGGUUGAGCAAACGUCACGAGAAAAUGCAAACUUGCAGCUUCAAACCACUGCCACAGCGCAACUCACAGUUGAGGAAACGCGCGAACUGGAGGCUGCGCUGACCUGGGAACCGCCGGAAUGUGCGCCACUGGGUCCAACAAUCACUCAGUUUCUCACUUAUCCAGCUGAACAUCAAAAGCCGUUGGAGCUAAAUUCGCUGCUUCAGCAAGAACGCGAGGUAGAGCAGCAAGUCGCCUAUGAGCGACUCGAAAUGCAGCAACGCCUGGCACAAGCAAAUGUGAUUAAGUUAGCGGCGGCUCACGCUGAACGCACGGAUUGUAAAGCUGAAGCUGAACAGCCUGCCACUUUGCCUAUUGAAGAAAUUGAGGACGUGUUGGUUGAGGAGUACAUUGAGGAAGACGACGCCGAAAGCGUAGAACUACAACUAACGGAAGCGUCAAAUACGGCACACAAAGAUGCAAGAGUACAAAUCAACGAGAUAUCGUCUAGCAUGUCGGAGCAGACGGAUUGCGAUAGCAGUAUCAGCAGCAGUGACAGUGAAAUGUUAGCAUCCGUUGCCGCUAUGCCAUGCCAAAAAAUGCAAAUUAUUGAGAAAAUCGAAAAGAUUGAAAUACUGCCACAGAAAUUGCCAACGAAAUUGGAACGUUUAUCCAACCAUACGGUGUUGACAACACAGAAAACACCACGCCACACACAGUACAAGAAGUCUGCAGGCAACGCAGCAGUUGUUUGUACAACCUCAACUCCGGCGGCAAGCCAUAAGCCAAGUGAAAAGGUCAAAGUUACGACAUACGACUUCACCUCACGUCCACCCAAAGCAUGUCCUGCGCGCACGUCGCUCAAGCGCUCACAGACGCAAUUCCCCAAUAUACCAAACGAGAAUGCACGCGCCGCAAGUGAGUCGACAUCAUCGCAUGCGCUCAGCAAACGGCGACGCUAUGACGCCUACAACGACUAUGUGCUGGGCGCGGUUAGCAGUACGAGCAAUAAAACCGUUAUGAACGUCGCUAACACAAACAGCAAUAGCAACAAUUGUCGCAAUCGGCGCUGUAACAGUAACGCCUCCAUGGUGCAUUCGGGUAGCACCAACUGUGGCACUAUCGCCUUGGAAAAACGCCAACUGCGCAGCAACAGCGGCGUCGUGGACUACGCCAAGCGUACCUUACGCACACGCAACUCGCUCAGCAAAGACCUAAAAGCAAAAGCAUCACUAACCUCCACCAUGCGUCGUGUGACCUCACAAUUCUUGCACGAGACUGCCGUCAGUCUUAUGAGCAGCAGCUCAGCGCUGGCGCAACAGCGCCAACAACAACGCAGCUCAAAUGCAGGCGCUAACAGCGGCAUGGCGUUGAAUAGAAACGGCAGUGGCACGAACAACCAUAGUUGCAGUAGCAGCAGCAGUGUUGGACGCCGUGCACGUGCCGAAAAACUCUUAACGACAAGCACGGACAAUUUGGAGGCUGCCUUCUCGCACGUCAUCAAUUUGCGUUCCCGCAAAGUGGCACAUUUCGCUGUGGCUGCAGCAGCAGCGGCGGUGGCAGUCAAUCACACACAGACGACGCGACGCGCGAAAGGCGUUGUCGGCAACAGUCCACUGCUCACCACAUCCGCGUCUACAGUGCUGCGACGCGAACGCCACAAUUUGCGCAGCUUAAGCACGCGCAAUGCUGCCAGUCCGCCGGGUUUGAUGUCUGCCAACGGGCAACGCGAUUAUGCUUAUGGCAAGACCCAAACGCGCAGCGGUUUGCAUGCAACCGGCAUCUGCGCAUACAGCUUGACGUCCAGCGCGGCGCCCACGUCUAAAUUGCUCAAUGGCGCAGCGGGUGUGAAUGCGGCGACACGGCCGCGCACACACGCGCUGCUUCUGGCAAAACAGUCGGUGGGCGCUGGUGGUUCUGUGCCAGCGAGCGGUAUGUUGGGCGUACGUGGCGGCGGCAGCGCCACAAGCUCGUUGACAACGCCCACCUCCUAUGGCAAGCGCACGACAGCGCUGCGUAGUGGCGCGGUGGGUAGCGGCAGCGCAGGCACGAUUAUGCUGACGCGUAGUGGCGGACGCAAUGGUAGAAGACUGAAUCGUUAAAUUUUGUGGGCGGACACCAUUCGAUAUGUGCGGCGCGUUGGCUGCGCGCGCUGAUAGUGAAGUUAUUAGUACAAAAAUGCCUGAAAGCAUGCUAGACGCUUACGAUUUUGUUUGUUAAGGUUUACAAAUGUAACAAAAAAAAAACAAAAAAGAAGUGAAGAAUCUUGAACAUUGCAAUAUAUGUUUGUGCUUAAACUGGCACUUAUCGGCGCAAAACUGUGGAAAGCAAAGUAAAAAAUAUUUUUUCUGUAAAUCAAAUCGUUAUGUUGGUUUCCUCUGUUUUUAAUUAUUAUACCGCAAAUUUUUCGCUUACUUGAAACUUACAGAAAAACGUUUUGAAAAAAAGCAAAAAUGUGAAGCAAAUGCAAUAUUUAUUAGUAAUAAUAUGUUAAUAUAGUAGGUCUAUGCAUUAUUGACCUCAAUUUUUAUGGUUCGAAAUAAAGCAAUGGGGAAAUUCGUAAAUUGUGUGUAAUGGUGAAAUAGUCUUCACUGUGCAAUUGACAAAUAAA